AUGUGGCUGCUGACGGCACCGAACGGGAUCACGGAUCAUCGCUGGCUCCGGGAGCUUUUCCGGAAAAGGCCCUGUGGAGAUGGCACCGUUGUCCCCUUGGAGGUGGGACCCCAGCUGGGUACACCCCCACGCUCCCCUCCAUCCCACCCGCCCGCCGCUGCUGAGGAUGACUUCCAGUUCCUCUGCUGCGAAGGCUGCCGGAAGGAAUCGCCCAACCUCAAGCUCCUCACCUGCCUCCACACCUUGUGCCUGGGUUGCCUGAGCGAGAUGAAGCCCGUGGGGCAGUGUCCCAUCUGCCGGACGGCCAUCCCCCAAGCCAGCGGCAUCCCCGACAUGGACAACCUGCUCUUCACCAACCUGCAGGCCAGGCUCAGCAUCUACAAGAAGAUCAGCGACGGUGGAGAUGGCACCGUUGUCCCCUUGGAGGUGGGACCCCAGCUGGGUACACCCCCACGCUCCCCUCCAUCCCACCCGCCCGCCGCUGCUGAGGAUGACUUCCAGUUCCUCUGCUGCGAAGGCUGCCGGAAGGAAUCGCCCAACCUCAAGCUCCUCACCUGCCUCCACACCUUGUGCCUGGGUUGCCUGAGCGAGAUGAAGCCCGUGGGGCAGUGUCCCAUCUGCCGGACGGCCAUCCCCCAAGCCAGCGGCAUCCCCGACAUGGACAACCUGCUCUUCACCAACCUGCAGGCCAGGCUCAGCAUCUACAAGAAGAUCAGCGACGGUGGUGGUCCCAGCUGCAGCCGGUGCCAGGGGGAGACGGCGGCCGUGUGGUGCUCGGAGUGCGAGGAGCUCCUCUGCACCAAGUGCUUCGACGACCACCAGUGGUUCUUCAAGAAGAGGAGCCACGAGGCCAAGAAGGUGGAGGAGCUUCGCGCCGACUCGGCCCACCGCUUCCUGGAAGACACCAGGAAGUUCUCCAACCUCUUUUGCUCCAGUCCUUGUCACGCCAACCAAGGCCACGUCUCCAGCAUCUACUGCAGGACGUGCAAGAGGGCCCUGUGCUGCUCCUGCGCGCUGCUGGACGGCCAUCAGGCCACCUUCUGCGACAUCCUCAGCGAGACCCACCGGCGGCAGGAGGAGCUGGGCACCAUGCGGCGGCGGCUGCAGCAGAAGAGAAGGGGCCUGGAGGCCACCUACGCGGGGCUGCAGGCGGAGGCCGCGCGGCUGGAGCGGGGCCGGCAGGAGAUGCGGGAGCUGAUCCGUCAGCGCGUGGAGCAGCUGGUGGGGCUGGUGCGUCGGGAGGAAGAGGAGCUGCUGGGGCUGGUGGAAGCCGGGCAGGAGCAGGGCCGGCGGGAGCUGGCGAGGGAGCUGGAGCGGGUGGAGGGGGUGCUGCGGCGGAUGGAGGCGGGCGAGCGGCUGGUGGAGAAGAUGAAGCUCUACGCCACCGAGCAGGAGGUGAUGGACAUGCAGCCCUUCAUCAAGGACUCGCUGGAGGAGCUGCAGCGGCUGCAGCCGCCGGCGGUCGGGGACCGAACGCCACCUGAGGACUUGGCCGAGUGUCGAGCCAGGCUGCAGGCGCUGGAGGAGCGCGUCGUGGGGCAUCCAGGUACUAAUUCCCAAGCAGCUACUAAUUCUCCAGCCGUCCCCGUGGUCGAGGUGGCUCCGGAGAACAACCUGCAAGAGGAACCAUCUGAGUCCGAGAGCCAGAGUGUCUUGCCCACCUUCACCAUCAGCCUCAAGGACAUGCACACGAGCUCGGCUGUCCCCGUCACCACGUGGCCCAAGCGGAUGUCACCCUGCGUGGAGAGGGGCAGCCAGAUAUCACCCAAGCUGCUGAAGCUGGAGCACGACAGCAUGGCAGUCCCCAGCGAUCCCAGUUCAAACCAGCGGGAUGGCAGAAGGGGGCCCAGCACCUCCACGCCGAGCCAGAACUGCAACCCUGCUGCCACCAACCAGGCUGAUGAUGCAGAAGAUGCCAGCAUCGUCAUCAGCAGCUCGGAGGACAGCUCGGAGGAAGACACGGCGGCCUUCAGCAAGCCCAAGGCCAGCAGAAAGCUCUACAGCCCAACAUGGUCCGGGAGUGGCACCUCACCCCACUGCAGCACUCGCCCCACCAGCCCCUGGGACGACGAGUCAGGGCCCAGCACCUUGGUGUUCCUCAGCGUGAAGGUUGAGCAGAAAACCCAUCAGAUCACGGAGGUGGCGGCGGUCAACGGGGAGCACAACUUCAAGACGUUGAUUCAGACACCCGAGUCGGUGCUGACGCUGUUCUCCCAGGGUGUCUCCAUGGAGGUGGGGAUGCAAAACCUACUCUGGUACCUCUCCCUGAUCCCCAGGCCCAUCCUCAUCAUCUAUAACUUCUGGGAACCAGAGCUUCCUGCUCUUUUUAAAGCCCUGGAUGCCACGGGCAGGAAAGAGGACUUCUGCCGGGUUGUGGCUGGUUAUGUGGAUAUGUUGUCCUUGAUGAAGGAAAAGCUGCCCAAGGCCCCUUCCUACAGGCUGAAGAACUUGCUGAGAAGGCACCUGCAGCAGCAACUCAACGAGGCCAGCGCUCUGGCCAUGGCCAAGUCAGCAGAA